AUGACGGACCGAGUCCCGGCUGAAGCCGUGGCCGAUACCUCCAACGGAUCGGCUAUAGCUUCCCCCCGAUCCAGCACCGAUUCUCGCUCCUCCUCCAUGCGCAACCAGUCCCUCCGCCUCUCUCAUGGCUUAUCCAACCACCAACACCGUCACAGUCUGAGCGAGACUCUCCGCGGAGCUCCCGGCUCCCCGCGCUCUCGCCGACAACCGUCGCUGAACCAGGCGGCCAUCCAGAGUCUUAUCGACAAUCCCCCGGCCCCGAACCACGCCGACCCCGCAUUCGCCGGAAGAGACUGGCGGGAGAUCUCCAUCGGAGAGCUCGUCAGUCCCGAGGAUUUGAAGUUCGUCGAGAUCGACACGGGAAUUGAAGAAGCGACCAACGUUUUAAUUGACACGGGCGCCCCGGUGCUCUUGAUCCGUGAAGAUCGCCAGCAGAAGUCGGCCGUGGGCACGUUUGAUUACUCGGAUUUGAAUGCGUACCUCCUACUCGCCGCGGGGCUGACGCGCCCGGAUGAUGAGAUGCUCGCAUCCUACGAAGAAUUGACCCGCAAGGCCCGAGAUGGACUCACAAUACCGCUGCGCGAUGUCAAAGAUCUGGGUCGGAAGGAACCGAUGACGACGCUGCCGGCUUCGGCCAGCGUGAUGGCAGCGGUCGAAACGUUUGGCGGAGGCGUGCAUCGCGUCGUGGUAGUGAAUGAACACGAUGAUAAUGAGGUGGUCGGUAUUUUCAGCCAGUUCCGACUGGUCAAAUUCUUGUGGGAAAAUGGGCGCAGCUUCCCGGUGAUCGAUCAGCUGUAUCCGCUGGCGCUGUGGGAGCUGCGGAUUGGAUCUCGCGAUGUGGUGUCCAUCAAUGGAGACAAACCUCUCAGCGAGGCGCUGGGAAUUAUGAACGACGAGGGCAUCUCAUCCAUCGCCGUAGUGGAUAAUCAGUUCAACGUGGUGGGCAAUAUCUCCACGACGGACGUGAAGCUUCUUACGCGAUCGUCGUCGUUACCCUUGCUACACAACACUUGCGCCCAUUUCAUCUCGGUGAUUUUAUCCACGCGCGGCCUGAUUGACGGCCAAGACUCGUUUCCUGUUUUCCAUGUGAAUCCCGGAUCAACGCUGGCGCAUACCGUUGCGAAAGUGGUGGCCACGAGAUCGCAUCGGUUGUGGGUAACCGAUCCCCUGUCCCCUUCUUCGUCAGGGCCACCCACGCCCUCGCAAUCCUCGGGACAUAUUCCCCUACCCCCGAGUGUACAGCAACCUCCGCCGUCACCCCCGGCAGCCAGCGCGGCACCCCUGCCUCCAGCCCUCGGCCAGACACAGCCGCAUUCCACCGUGCCGCAUACACCCACGGCUGCGAUGGGACCGUCGAUCCCAGUGUCCUCGCUCCCGGGCGCACGGCUAUCGGGACGGUUAGUGGGGGUAGUCAGUCUGACGGACAUAUUGAAUCUGCACGCGCGGGCCAGUGGCUUAAGUCCGGCGGAUCCAGCCGAAAGUCGAAGCCGACGACGACGCAGCAGCAGUUCGAGUCUGAGCGUGCGACGAAGCGGGGAGAUUGGUCGGGAGUUAUUCAGUCGAUAG